AUGGCUGGGAAUGGAGGGAGACAUACAUCUAUAAUAGUGGCACUGUUUUAUCGUCAUGGCUAUGCAAUUGGAGUUGGACUGGUCACCUGGUUCCUUGAUCAGUUUGCUCCUGUGUUCACUGCAUCUUGCUCUAUAGGAUUCAGUCUUGCAGACCCUGAAUAUUGCUACAUUUCAGUGAAAGCUCUUACAGAUUCAAGGCCUCUACCAGAUGUAGCCCUGACAGGGAAGUGUACCCGAGAGUGUGAUGAAUAUGGCCACUCGGACUCCUGCUGGAUGCCAGUUCGCACUUCUCCUGAAAGAAAGCAGAAGAGCCAGCCAAAACUCUCCACUUUCAUGCCUGUUGAUGAACGGGGUAGUCAGGAAAAGCUGGCCAAUGGAGAAGCCUCUCUCAUGGGUGAUCGCAACAGAAACCUCCUUAACAAAAAGUUGACCUCAUCCUAUGAGACCUUCAGCACGGCUAGUUUCAGCAAAAACGAAGAAGGCAAUCCAGAGGAUAUCCCCCUUACACAGACAGGGGAAUACAAGCCAUCUCCUGUCAAUACUCUAACUAGAAGAGAAGUUUACCUGUAG